AUGAGUAAUUCUGCUAGGGGCACCUCUACUGGCUGGCUGACUACCGGAGCACACAGCAAAAUAUCUCAGCACUACUGGCUGGGGGUGAGCUUCGGGCUGGGAAUUCCAGAAGCCAACCUGGAGGUAAGACGUGAAGAAAGUCGAAGCCAUGCCAAUCCUGUACACUACCAAGAAGCAGAUUCUGUCUCUGGGACACUUACCAUCAACGUAGAUGAGGAAGAUGGGAGUCUUCAAGUCUGCCGUGUAUGUGGGGACAAAGCCAAUGGCUAUCACUUCAAUGUCCUGACAUGUGAAGGAUGCAAGGGCUUUUUCAGGCGGGCCAUGAAACGCAACGUGCGGCUGAGGUGCCCCUUCCGCAAGGGCGUGUGCGAGAUCACGCAGAAGACCCGGCGCCAGUGCCAGGCCUGCCGUCUGCGCAAGUGCCUGGAGAGCGGCAUGAAGAAGGAGAUGAUCAUGUCUGAAGCGGCUCUGGAGCAGAGACGGGCCUUGAUCAAGAAGAGGAAGCGAGAACGGGUGGAGACGCAGCUGCCCGGAGCGCAGGGGCUGACCGAGGAGCAGCAGCAGAUGAUCAGGGAGCUGAUGGAAGCUCAGAUAAAAACCUUUGACACCACCUUCUCCCAUUUCAAGGACUUCCGGCUGCCAGAGGUGUUUAGCAGUGGGCAUGAGAUGCCACAGUUUCUACAGACCCCAUUGGAAGAGACGUGGAACCAGAUCAAGGACGAUCUGUGCACUGUGAAAAUUUCUCUGCAACUUCGGGGGGAAGAUGGCAGUAUCUGGAACUACAAACCCCCAGAUAACAGUGAUGGGAAAGAGAUCAUUUCCCUGCUGCCCCACCUGGCUGACCUGUCAACCUACAUGUUCAAAGGCAUCAUCAAUUUUGCCAAAGACAUCUCCCACUUCAGGGACUUGCCCAUCGAGGACCAGAUCUCCCUACUAAAGGGGGCCACCUUUGAGAUAUGCCUACUGAGAUGCAACACAAUGUUCAACACAGAGACUGGGAUCUGGGAGUGUGGUCGGCUGGCCUACUGCUUCAAAGACCCUGAAGGUGGCUUCCAGAAACUUCUUCUGGAUCCUGUCAUGAAGUUCCACUACAUGCUGAAAAAGCUGCAGUUGCAUAAGGAGGAGUAUGUGCUGAUGCAGGCUGUCUCCCUCUUCUCCCCAGACCGCCCAGGUGUGGUUCAGCGUGCAGUGGUGGAACAGCUGCAGGAGCGAUUCGCCACCACCCUGAAGGCCUACAUUGAGUGUGUCCGGUCCCAGCCUGCUCACCGGUUCCUGUUCCUGAAGAUCAUGGCUGCACUCACUGAGCUGCGCAGCAUCACUGCCCAGCACACCCAGCGGCUACUGCGCAUCCAAGACUCUCAUCCCUUUGUCACCACGCCUCUCAUGCGGGAACUGAUGAGCAGCAUGGAUGACUGAAUGGUGGGCCUUCGGUGGAGCCUUGAUGGUGCCUUGUGAUAGAUACAGCUAGACCCAGAGCUCUCUGAGAUGCGACUUCUGAGGCUGGCUGGAUGGUGCUGAUAGCCAACAAAGUCUGGGACCACAGCAGGGUGGCAUUCCUUAGGUACCCCACCCUCAAGUUAUCUGUAGAGAGGGAGGCCAUGGAUCCUGCAUGAACAGUGCUCUGACCUUCAGGUCAGACCCACCAGAGAAGCAAGGAUGUGUCUCUCUUAGACAAGACCCUGUGGCCUGAGAACCAAUCCUGAAAUCCCACUAAAAUGCCCUGGUGGGAAAGGAGUAAUUCAACUCAGCCCUGACAGUGCCUUUGCCAUACCUGUAUUCAUUAUCUGGAGUCUCUUCCUUGCUACCUCUAAUAGUCCUGCCUCCCACUUCUCACCCACUGGGCCGCCCUCAUCCUUCCUGCUGAGUUGCUGUUGGGGGUGGGUUUCCAGGCCUGUGCUCAUUAGCAAGUGCACUGUCAUCUGUGGCAAUCUUCUAGAGAAGCCAGGAGGCAUACACUAUCAGAAGUUUGUGUUGACCUCAUUCUGGGUCUUUGCAUCCACUCAAGCAUGUUACUAAGUCCGAGCAUGCUGUGGGAUAUACACUGUUGACUCAGAUGUGGACCAUGAUCUCAGAGCUUACUGUUAAGAAAACAAUCAUGGAACACAACACAGAUCAAAGGGGCAUAUGGCAUAUGACAUGCACCCAGGUAACAUCUGUUUGGAUGCUGAUUGCACCAGAGGGAUCUGUGGGUACUUAGGGCUGAAAGGAGGGUUCUGAGGACCUGUUUCUGGGAGGCAGCGGUGGGAACUGUAUGGCUAUGGCUUGGGGUGGGCAGUUCUGCUCCCCACCUGACUGGGUCCUGGCUUUGACCCUGAGGCAGAAACACUGAGGUGCUCAGUGCCAUGAUUGUGGUGACUGUUGUUGGUUAAUAAAUACGUCAGCAGAAUCACUAUGUGCUGUAUUCCCAUAUGCAUACCUGCUAAAGCAUGUGAAAGUGUUUGCUUUGUUCAUGAUUGUGACUGAACAUAUUCUGCAUUCUCACAAGUUAUACUCUAGGCUUAGCAAAUAUGUCCCUGGGUAUGUUGAAUUCAAGCAAGAUGACUUAA